UUCAAUGGGGAGCCGCGCUCGUACACACGCUUCAACCUGACCCAGAACAUGGAAGGCGAGAACAGCCAGGUGGAGAUGAAGCUGUCGUCCGACAUGGACGACGAGGUGGGCGGCAACUGCGUGGGGGAGGAACGCAACCAUGCCCAGGACCGCUACGUGGUACGCAAGCCCGCCGGGCGCACGCCCAAGAACCUCUGCUUCAUGGUGGUCACCGUAUUCCUCAUCUUAAUCAUCGGUAAGAACAGACAUUUUAAAACGACGACAGUUGCAUGCCGGUGCCUCAGUUACCAUUAGUCACAUAUUGGUCAUAUACUGUAUCAGUAAAAGUCACAUGCUAGCAUCAAAUAGCCCCCGCGAUAUGCAACUUUUCAGGGAAGUUAGGAACCAAUAUACACAAGCAGUCAGGAAAGCAAAGGCUAACUUUUUCAAACAGAAAUUUGCAUCCUGUAGCACUAACUCCAAAAAGUUUUGGGACACUGUAAAGUCCAUGGAGAAUAAGAGCACUUCCUCCCAGCUGCCCACUGCACUGAGGCUAGGAAACACUAUCACCACCGAUAAAUCUACAAUAAUCGAGAAUUUCAACAAGCAUUUUGCUACAGCUGGCCAUGCUUUCCAUCUGGCUACCACUAACCCGGCCACCAACUCUGCACCCUCUGCUGCAACUUGCCCAUGCCCCCCCCCGCUUCUCCUUCACACAAAUUCAGACAGCUGAUGUUUUGAAAGCGCUGCAAAAUCUGGACCCCUACAAAUCAGCUGGGCUAGACAAUCUGGACCCUUUCUUUCUAAAACUAGCCGCCGAAAUUGUCGCAACCCCUAUUACUAGUCUGUUCAACCUCUCUUUCAUAACGUCUGAGAUCCCCAGAGAUUGGAAAGCUGCCGCGGUCAUCCCCCUCUUCAAAGGGGGUGACACUCUAGAUCCAAACUGCUACAGACCUAUAUCCAUCCUGCCCUGCCUUUCGAAAGUAUUCGAAAGCCAAGUUAACAAACAGAUCAUCGACCAUUUCGAAUACCACCGUACCUUCUCCGCUAUACAAUCCGGUUUCCGAGCUGGUCACGGGUGCACUUCAGCCACGCUCAAGGUCCUAAACGAUAUUAUAACCGCGAUUGAUAAUAGACAGUACUGUGCAGCCGUCUUCAUCGACCUGGCCAAGGCUUUCGACUCUGUCAACCACCGCAUUCUUAUUGGCAGACUAAAUAGCCUUGGUUUCUCAAAUGACUGCCUCGCCUGGUUCACCAACUACUUCUCAGAUAGAGUUCAGUGUGUCAAAUCGGAGGGCCUGUUGUCUGGACCUAUGGCAGUCUCUAUGGGGGUGCCACAGGGUUCAAUUCUUGGGCCGACACUUUUCUCCGUGUAUAUCAAUGAUGUCGCUCUUGCUGCUGGUGACUCUCAGAUCCACCUCUACGCAGACGACACCAUUUUGUAUACAUCUGGCCCUUCAUUGGACACUGUGUUAACAAACCUCCAAACGAGCUUCAAUGCCAUACAACAAUCCUUCAGUAGCCUUCAACUGCUCUUAAACACUAGUAAAACUAAAUGCAUGCUUUUCAAUCGAACGCUGCUAGCACCCCGCCCCACCCGACUAGAAUCACCACUCUCGACGGGUCUGACCUAGAGUAUGUGGACAACUACAAAUAUCUAGGUGUCUGGUUAGACUGUAAACUCAACUUCCAGACUCACAUAAAGAAUCUCCAAUCCAAAGUUAAAUCUAGAAUCGGCUUCCUAUUUCGCAACAAAGCCUCCUUCACUCAUGCUGCCAAACAUGCCCUCGUAAAACUGACUAUCCUACCGAUCCUUGACUUCGGCGAUGUCAUUUACAAAAUAGCCUCCAACACUCUACUCAGCAAAUUGGAUGUAGUCUAUCACAGUGCCAUCCGUUUUGUCUCCAAAGCCCCAUACACUACCCACCACUGUGACCUGUACGCUCUUGUUGGCUGGUCCUCACUACAUGUUCGUCGUCAAACCCACUGGCUCCAGGCCAUCUAUAAAUCACUGCUAGGCAAAUCCCCGCCUUAUCUUAGCUCAUUGGUCACCAUAGCAGCACCCACCCGUAGUCUGCGCUCCAGCAGGUAUAUCUCUCUGGUCAUUCCCAAAGCCAACACCUCCUUUGGCCGCCAUUCCUUCCAGUUCUCUGCUGCCAAUGACUGGAACGAAUUGCAAAAAUCUCUGAAGCUGGAGACUCUUAUCUCCCUCAAUAACUUUAAGCAUCAGUUGUCAGAGCACCUUACCGAUCACUGCACCUGUACACAGCCCAUCUGAAAUUAGCCCACCCAACUACCUCAUCCCUAUAUUGUUAUUUAUUUUGCUCUUUUGCACCCCAGUAUCUCUAUUUGCACAUAAUCUCUUGCACAUCUAGCAUUCCAGUGUUAAUACUAUUGUAAUUAUUCUGCACUAUAGCCUAUUUAUUGCCUUACCUCCAUAACUUGCUACAUUUGCACACACUGUAUAUAUAUUUUCUGUUGUAUUUCUGACUUUAUGUUUUUUUUUUUACCCCAUAUGUAACUCUGUGUUGUUUUUAUUGCACUACUUUGCUUUAUCUUGGCCAGGUCGCAGUUGUAAAUGAGAACCUGUUCUCAACUGGCUUACCUGGUUAAAUAAAGGUGAAAUAAAAAAAAUAAAAAAUGCUCAGUAUUAAAGGAUACGUUCAUGGAUAGUUGGUUUCUUCACUCUGAAAGUAGUCUAUGGGCCGGUAGAAACUCGAAUUAAUGUUUCGGGUUUCUUUUAAAAGCCACUAAGAAGUUCUGCUAACUUUAGCCACAGAUCGCUAAAACUCAGUGGAGGUGAUAGGGGCAACCUGCACUGUCGUAUGAUUUUAUGGAUGAAACGCUGUUUAGAUAAUAAAUAUAAAAAAUGAUGACCAGAUUAAGGGCCGGAUUCCCAGACAUAGAUUAAGCCUAGUCCUGGACUAAACAGCAUUCUCAAUGGAGAUUCUCCAUCAAAAGCUUUUUUUUUUUGUCUGGGAAAAACCGUCCCUUGGUCUGGUUUCUGCUGGGAUGGUGUUGUAUAGCUGCUGCUGACAGUGGUUUCAUUUGAUAAUUUACUCGAUUCCCCCUUUUACUCUGUCUGUCUGUCUCUGUCUGUCUGUGUCUGUGUCUCUCUCUGUCUCUGUCUGUGUCUCUCUCUCUCAGGCUAUCUGAUUGGCUACCUGGCCCACCGGAAAAAAGAGUUGGCUCCCAGCUGCUCUAGGAUAACCUCUGAAGACUCCGUUAGUGAAGGUUCCUUUAAGACGGAGACGACCCCUCUCAUGGACUGGAAUGACGUGAAGAGCUUGCUGGGUCAGAAGCUGAGUGCCUCCAGCUUCGAGACCGCAUUCAGGUGACUUCACUAGUCUAGCCCAGUGGGGUGAACAUUAAAGGGAUAUCGAUCUCCCCAGAGUCGGAUGAAUUCGUGGAUACCAUUUCUAUCCAUGAGUUCAUCUGACUCUGGGGAAAGUAGAUAAAGGGCUUCAUUGCCAACAUCCCAAAGUAUCCCUUUAAGCUUGUUUUGUCUGCUCUCAUUUUUCAACUUUAUAUUGGAAAUAGCACUACAAUGUUAUACUAAUACCAAUUGUACUAUGUUGUGACAGUAUGGCAGCCUGACCAACUUCUACCCCUCUAAGCCAUAAGACUGUUAAAUAGUCCGGAUAGCUAUUGGUUGACUAUCUGCGCUGACCCUUUUUGCACUCUUUUGACUCAUCACAUGCGCCGCUGUUGCUGUUCAUUAUCUAUCCUGUUGCCUAGUCACAUUAUCCCUACCUGUAUGUACAUACUGUAUCUACCUCCAUUACCUCGUACCCCUGAACAUGGACUCGGUACUGGUACCCCGUGUAUAAAGCCAAGUUAUCGUUACUCAUUGUGUAUUUAUUCCUGGUGUUUAUCUUUCUAUUAGUUCUCUGUUUUUCUCUCUGUAUUGUUGUGAAGGUCCGUCAAUAAGCAUUUCACUGUUAGUCUACACCUGUUGUUUAUGAAGCAUGUGACAAAUAACAUUAGAUUUGAAGUCUUAAUAAAUGACUAGAUAACAUGUUUGGCACAUCAUUGGGAUAAAGAAAGUAUAUUUAGCUUACUGACUCCUUUUUCCUGUCUCUCUUUCUCUCCCCCUCUUCUCUCUCCAUCACCCUCUCGCUCCCCCUCUUCUCUCUCCAUCACCCUCUCGCUCCCCCUCUUCUCUCUCCAUCACCCUCUCGCUCCCCCUCUGCUCUCUCCAUCACCCUCUCGCUCCCCCUCUUCUCUCUCCAUCACCCUCUCGCUCCCCAUCUCUCUCUCACCUCCCAUACCCUCUCCCCCUCUCCUCAUCACCCCUGCCUGCUCUCUCCAUCACCCUCUCGCUCCCCCUCUUCUCUCUCCAUCACCCCUCUCUCCUCCACCCCUCGUCUCUCUCUCCAUCACCCUCUCGCUCCCCCUCUCGUCUUCUCUCCAUCACCCUCUCGCUCCCCCUCUUCUCUCUCCAUCACCCUCGCUCCCCUCUUCUCUCUCCAUCACCCUCUGCUCCCCCUCUUCUCUCUCAGUCCCUCCUCUCUCUCCCCCCUUCUCUCUCCAUCACCCUCUUCUCUCCCCCUCUUCUCUCUCCAUCACCCUCUUCUCUCGCUCCCCCUCUUCUCUCCCUAUCUCUUUCCUUAUAUCACCCUCCCCUCAGUGAGUUUGCUAGUGGAAGCCACCAGGCAGGCUCGGCUGGAGACGAGCUGCUGGCCAACAAGGUGCUGAAAAGGUUCAAAGACUACGACAUGUACACGUGGACUGACGAGCACUAUGUCAAGCUUGUGGAUCCCCCUGCCUCUGGCUCCAACAGGGUGACCUUCAAAGGGUCUGACCUUGGAACACUGAGGGGAUAUCUGGCCUACAGCAAAACUGGAACAGCACAGGUAAUCAUAGAAAGAAAAUCCUGUGGUUUUUGUGGUUUCGUUUUUUUGUUUACAUUGAAAUGAACAAAUUUGUAGCAUUUCAGUUGAUUUCAAACUUGACAAUAGAGGUGAAACUCUCACUAAUAAAAGCAUUUACAUAAUAAUGUAUACUAUAAAACACUACAUGGAAGGUAUCACACAUUUAGUAGUGAAUUAGUCAUUCAGUUCAUUUUUAAGGAUAAUUGAAAACUACACAUUGCAUAUCCCUUUUAUUCUUCCAUAAUAGUACCUCCAUAUUUGAGCUCAAGACCUGUUUCAACUUUAUUUUUGUUUUUCACAGGGCGCGAUCCUUCACAGCAACUACGGCCAAAUGGACGACCUGAGGAAACUGCAGGAUAAGGACAUUGCCUUGGACGGGAGGGUCCUUCUGGUCAAAACUGGAAAAAUAAGCUUUGCUGAGAAGGUGAGGGAAUUGCACAAGAAAAACAUUUAAUAAUCUAAUUUCGUAAGCAUACUGCUGAAUUUUAAUAAUAAGGUCAUUGAUCUCUCUUCAUUUGGAGGUUUAGUGUAAGUGUGAUGGGUCUAGUUUGGGUUGGCAAAUCUACUGGAGCCUAUGUGGACUUGAUUGAAUAACACAAGGUGUCGUGUCAUCGCUAUGUGUAAAAGUGUCCUGUUCUGUAAAAGUGUCCUGUUCUGUAAAAGUGUCCUGUUCGUCAUCGCUAUGUGUAAAAGUGCCCUCAUCGCUAUGUGUAAAAGUGUCCUGCUUUUCGCCUCCAGUCAUGUCUCCCUCUUUCCUUCACUGCGUAGGUGGCCAACGCAGCCAAGCUGAAUGCCUCUGCUGUGCUCAUCUACCCUGCUGACGACAGGAUCGGAGGGUCCACUCAGCUCUUUGGCCAUGUGAGUGUGGCGGACAUUUUUCUCUAUGAAUGUCAAAUGUAGACCGACUUACAUGAUUUGCAUUCCCAGCCGUAACUGAAGUGGAGUGGACACACAAAGACAGUUGGCUAUAUCAGCAGUAGCUUACGGUUUGAGACAGUUGUUGAACAGUAGUGUUCAUUCUCUUGUGUUGUUUCAUCAUUCAGUUAUGAAUUAUUCUUAUUCAGCUCCACUCUUCUCCACCCUGAGGACACUCUCUCUAUAUUCUACCCAAGGGAGUGCACGUUCUUGUUCUAGCCCUGCACCAACACACCUGGGGUGUAUUCACUAAAAACCAAACGGGGAGGGACCUACUUGAAUUUGUUCAACAGAAACUAGUUUUUUGUUGCAGAACGCAACUGUUUGGACUAAUGAUUACACCCCAGAUUCAACUUGGCCAGUUCAACUUAUUGACAAACUCUUGAUAUGUUAGUGCAAGGCCAGAACAAUCCCAUAGGUCAAGGUUCACCCUGUCGUGUGUCUCCAUAUCCAGGUCCAUCUUGGCUCAGGCGACCCUUACACCCCCGGGUUCCCCUCCUUCAACCAUACCCAGUUUCCCCCCAUCCAGUCCUCAGGCCUCCCCAGCAUCCAGGCCCAGACCAUCACCGCCGACAUGGCCACCACUAUCAUGAGGUAGGUUUCCAUCAACUGAUCCUAGCGCUAAGUGUAGUAGAAGUUGGGCGUUGGGCCUUACACACAUAUCUAGGAUCAGCAUACCAUUCCUAUCCUAAGGGUUAAAACGUGAAACUGAUCACAAAAUCUUUGUCUGGAAACUCAGGGGGAUGGAGGGGAAAAACGCCCCUACAGGUUGGGUAGGGGUAGGAAAAGUGGGAGAUGAUGACGAUGUGGUCACGGUGGAGGUCAACAACGUCCUGGCCGAGAAGAUGAUCAACAACGUGUUUGGAGUCAUCAAAGGCUUUGUGGACCCAGGUAUGGUUGACCUAUGACCCUGUGGAAAGAAACAUGACAGUCCCCAGUGUUGUAUAGUUCUUAGGUAAUUGGACUGCAGCUUUGGGGUCAGUUUAAUUUCAAAUGCAUCAAGUUGGUAGAUUAAUUGAAAUUCAAUGUGUGAAUUGAUACAUAGUCCUGAUCUGAAAGAAUGAACCAUUUUUCAUUUCAUGAACAUAAUUUCCGUUAAUGUCCCCACAUUUUAAGGGAAAUAAAAUGGGAUUGACUCCAAUUUGAAAGGGUAACUGCUAUUGUUUAGCAUCACAAAGCCCAUUGGUGAAGACUAUAAUAAUAUAUAAAGAGCUGCAGUUAGUUUCAGAAUGGGUGGCAAGGAAUAAGUUAGUCCUAAAUAUUUCAAAAACUAAAAGCAUUGUAUUUGGGACAAAUCAUUUACUAAACCCUAAACCUCAACUAAAUCUUGUAAUGAAUAAUGUGGAAAUUGAGCAAGUUCAGGAGACUAAACUGCUUGGAGUAACCCUGGAUUGUAAACUGUCAUGGUCAAAACAUAUUGAUACAACAGUAGCUAGGAUGGGGAGAAGUCUGUCCAUAAUAAAGCGCUGCUCUGCCUUCUUAACAACACUAUCAACAAGGCAGGUCCUAAAGGCUUUAGUUUUAUCGCACCUGGACUACUGUUCAGUCAUGUGGUCAGGUGCCACAAAGAAGGACUUAGGAAAAUUGCAGUUGGCUCAGCACAGGGCAGCACGGCUGGCCCUUUGAUGUACACAGAGAGCUUACAUUAAUGAUAUGCAUGUCAAUCUCUCCUGGCUCAAAGUGGAGGAGAGAUUGACUUCAUCACUACUUGUAUUUGUGAGAGGUAUUGACAUGUUGAAUGCACCGAGGUGUCUGUUUGAACUACUAGCACACAGCUCGGACACCCAUGCAUACCCCACAAGACAUGCCACCAGAGGUCUCUUCACAGACCCUAAGUCCAGAACAGACUAUGGGAGGCACACAGUACUACAUAGAGCCAUGACUACAUGGAACUCUAUUCUACAUCAGGUAACUGAUGCCAGCAGUAGAAUAGAAGUACACCUUAUGGAACAGCAGGGACUGUGAAGCAACACAAACAUAGACACUUGCAUACACACACACACUAUAACAUAUGCACUAUACACACAUGUACACAUGGAUUUUGUGUUAUAGAUAUGUGGUGGUAGAGGCCUGAGCGGACACACUUAAAUUUGUUGUGAAAUCUGUUGUAUGAAUGUAUUGUGAUGUUUUUUAAAUGUAUAACUGCCUCAAUUUUGCUGGACCCCAGGAAGAGUAGCUGCUGCCUUGGCAGGAGCGACUGGGGAUCCAUAAUAAAUACAAAACUGUCUUAAUCCUUUACACCUUUUUAAAUAUGCUGUGUCUCUGCCUUCCUUGCUGUAGAUCGUUAUGUGGUUAUGGGUGCCCAGAGGGAUGCUUGGGGCCCAGGCUUCGCCAGCUCCACCGUAGGCACCUGUGUGUUGGUGGAGUUGGCCCGCGCCAUCUCAGACAUGGUGAAAAAUGGUGGGUGAUGAUAGAUGCCAGGCCAAACCAUAGAAAUGCCAUAGAAUAGACAGAAUGGAUACAGGUCUCUACUCUAAAUCGGCAGGUAGCCUAGCGGUUAAGAGCGUUGGACCGGUAACCGAAAGGUCGUUGGUUCGAAUCUCCAAAGCGACUAGGUGAAAAAUAUGUGCCCUUUGAGCCAGGCACUUAACCCAAAUUGCUCCUGUAAGCCGCUCUGGAUAAAAGCGUCUGCUAAAUGACUAAAAUGUAAAUGUACGUUUUAUAGACAGAAUGGAUAUACAGUAUAGGUCUCUUCUGUACUGCCUUGAGCUUUCAAUCAGUUCUCUCAUGUGUUCAUGUAGUGUCUGGGGUUAAUUCUAACGUAUUCCAUAAAUCUCAAGGAGCAUUUUUGUCAAUUAAGUCAUAUUUUAGGUGACCAUGGGGUUCUGUUAACAUUAACUGAGCACAUUACUGGAGAAGUCUUAAAGAUAUAAAAAAAGGGGGGCCUAUAGCUAAACCUAGUUAGAAUCAGAAUCACCUUUUAUUCACCAAGUACAUUUACAUGUACCAGGAAUUUGACCCGGUGAAGUAAGUGGCGCUGACCGUCUCUUACAAUUUAACAAUAAAUACACAGACCGAAUAUAGACCGAGAUUGUAUACAAUAUGCCAUUUAGCAACGUACAGCGCCAUGCCUACAGCUGAGCUGUCACACUCUACAUGCAGUACGUAGAGUACCAGUCAAAUGUUUGGACACACCAGGCUUUUUCUUUUAUUCUGCAAUGUAGAAAAUUGUAAACAUUAUAGUGAAGACAUCAAAACUAUGAAAUAACACAAUGGAAUCAGUAGUAACAAAAAAAAGUGUAAACAAUCAAAAUAUAUUUGAGAUUCUUCAAAUCACCCUUUGCUGAAACGCUUGUUCUAGCUAAAGCUAACCAUGGAAGCUUCCAAAGGAGUUCCCACAUAUGCUGAGCACUUGUUGGCUGUGUUUUUCCUUACUCUCCUGUUCCCAACUCAUCCCAAAACCAUCUCAAUUGGGUUGAGGUCAGGGUGAUUGUGCAGGCCAGGUCAUCUGAUGCAGCACUCCAUCACUCUCCUUAUUGGUAAAAUUGCCCUUACACAGCCUGGAGGUGUGUUGGGUCAUUGUCCUGUUGAAAAACAAAUGAUAGUCCCACUAAACCCAAACCAGAAGGGAUGGCGAAUCGCUGCAGAAUGCUGUGGUUGCCAUGCUGGUUAAGUGUGCCUUGAAUUCUAAAUAAGUGUCACCAGCAAAGCACCAUAACACCACCUCCUCCAUGAUUUACGGUGGGAACUACACAUGCGGAGAUCAUCCGUUCACCCACACCGCAUCUCACAUAGACACAGCGGUUGGAACCACAAAUCUCAAAUUUGGACUCCAGACCAAAGGACACAUUUCCACCGGUCUAAUGUCCAUUGCUCGUGUUUCUUGGACCCAAGCAGGUCUCUUCUUCUUAUUGGUGUCCUUUAGUAAUGGUUUCUUUGCAGCAAUUUGACCAUGAAGGCCUGCUUUCACACAGUCCCCUCUGAACAGUUGAUGUUGAGAUGUGUCUGUGACUUGAACUCUGUGAAGCAUUUAUUUGGGCUGCAAAUUUCUGAGGCUGUUAACUCUAAUGAACUUAUCCUCUGCAGCAGAGGUAAAUCGGGGUCUUCCAUUCCUGUGGCGGUCCUCAUGAGAGCCUGUUUCAUCAUAGUGCUUGAUGGUUUUUUGUGGCUGCACUUGAAGAAACGUUCAAAGUUCUUGAAAUGUUCCGUUUUGACUGAUCUUCAUGUCUUAAAGUAAUGAUGGACUGUCGUUUCUCUUUGCUUAUUUGAGCUAUUCUUGCCAUAAUAUGGACUUGGUCUUUUACCAAAUAGGGCUAUCUUCUGUAUACCCCCCUACCUUGUCACAACACAACUGAUUGACUCAAACGCGUUAAGAAGGAAAGAAAUUCCACAAAUGAACCUUUUAAGAAGGCACACCUGUUAAUUGAAAUGCAUUCCAGGUGACUAUCUCAUGAAGCUGGUUGAGAGAAUGCCAAGAGUGUGCAAAGCUGUCAUCAAGGCAAAGGGUGGCUAUUUGAGGAAUCUCAAAUAAAAUAUAUUUUGAUUUGUUUAACACUUUUUUGGUUACUACAUGAUUCCAUGUGUUAUUUCAUAGUUUUGAUGUCUUCACUAUUAUUCUACAAUGUAGAAAAAUAGUACAAAUAAGGAAAAACCCUUGAAUGAGUAGGUGUGUCCAAACGUUUGACUGGUAGUGUACGUAACAGUACAGAUAUAGUGAGCAAUAAAAUUGAACGAUAGCACAUAAUACAAGAAAAAUAUAUCCCCAUAGCCUGUAAGGAGGCAACCAACUGCGGAUGAUGAUGAUGAUGAUGAUGAUGAUGAUGAUGCCUGUCUUUUUUCCCUCUGACAGAUGGCUUCAAGCCCAGGAGGAGUAUCGUGUUUGCCAGCUGGAGUGCUGGAGAGUAUGGGAGUGUUGGCGCCACAGAGUGGUUGGAGGUAAGAACAGCACACUUGAUAUCAAUGCAAACCUUAGAACAAAAACGUUUUUUGUUUUUUUACUUGAGUAUGUGUCUCAACCAAUGAUUUAUGCCUUCAGAAAGUAUUCACACCCCUUAACUUUUUCCACAUUUUGUUGUGUUACAGCCUGAAUUUUAAAUGGAUUACAUUUCAUGUUUUGUUACUGGCCUACACACAAUACCCCAUAAUGUCAAAGUGGAAUAAUGUUUAGACAUUUUUACAAAUAAAUGAAAAGCUGAAAUAUCUUGUGUCAAGUAUUCAAUCCCUUUUAUGGCAAGCCUUAAUAAGUCCAAGAGUAAAAAAUCUAUUUUUUCUACAACAAGUCACAUAAUAAGUUGCAUGGACUCACUCUGUGUGCAAUAAUAGUGUUGAACACAAUUUUUGAAUGACUACCUCAUCUCUGUACCCCACACAUACAGAUAAUUGUAAGGUCCCUCAGUCGAGCAGUGAAUUUCAAACACAGAUUCAACAACAAAGACCAGGGAGGUUUUCCAAUGCCUUGCAAAGAAGGGCACCUAUUGGUAGAUGGGUAAAAAUAGUGAAAAGGAAGAGCCUGUACAGAAUACAAAUAUUUGUCCUGUUUGCAACAAGGCAGUAAAGUAAUACUGCAAAAAAUGUGGCAAAGCAAUCACUUUUUGUUCUGAAUACAAAGUGUUAUGUUUGGUGACUGAGAUGAAUUCACCUUUCAGCAGGCCAAUGACCUAAAACACAAGGCCAAAUAUACACUGGAGUUGCUUACCAAGAAGACAGUGAAUGUUCCUGAGUGACCGAGUUACAGUUUUGACUUGAAUCUGCUUGAAAAUAUAUAGCAAGACUUGAAAAAGGGUUGUCUAACAAUGAUCAACAACCAAUUUGACAGAGCUUGAAGAAUUUUGAAAAUAAUAAAUGGGCAAAUAUUGUACAAUCCAGGUGUGCAAAGCUCUUAGAGACUUAACCAGAAAGACUCACAGCUGUAAUCGCUGGCAAAGGUGAUACUAACAUGUAUUAACUCAGGGGUGUGAAUACUUAUGUAAAUGAGAUUUCAUUUUCAAUAAAUGUGCAUUUAAAAAAAAAAAAGUGUUAUUAUGGGGUAUUGUGUGUAGAUGGGGUGAGAGAGGAAAAUAUAUUUAAUCCAUUUUGAAGUCAGGCUGUAACACAACAAAAUGUAGAAUAGGUCAAGGGGUAUGAAUACUCUCUGAGGGCACUGUAUACACUAGCUGACUGAUAAGUGGCGCUCUUUCGCAGCCACCGCUCCUCCAUCUUGGAACUCCCCCACCAUUGUAAAUAAAUAUUUUGAAAGCUAUAGAAAUGAAUUCAUUAAUGUACAUUUUGUUUUCGCCAUGUUUAUUCUAUUGGACACCUUAAUGCAUUUUACAUUUUAAAUUAUAUUAUGUGAGCUAAACAUAUCUUUAAAAAAUAUAUUUUCCCUUAACUUUUAGCAAGUUCUAGGGCUCUAUAUUUUUCAGCUGCCGGUAAGCCGGCGCAAUUGUCAAACGCACGCUAGUUUUCAACUUUGACCUGUUUUUGAAGCCGGCGUUCUUCUAUUUUCUAAUCCCUCGCGCCAGGAUUGGUGAUUUACCUGUCUUUAUAUGAGCUCACUGGCGCUGAGGUGGGAGGGCAUGGCAAUAUCUGAGGUGUGUUCCUAAAAACGUGUGCCAAUUUCAGUAUGCAAUGGUGGGGGAUAUUUAAGACCAACCGAAAGCUGGUCUUAGCGGUAACACCGUUUUUGUUUAUGGCAUGGAUUUUGACAACUGAAGCGCAACCUAUCAAGCUGUGGCGCUCAGUGCCCAUAUGCACAUGGAACAAGAGAUGUGCAUUUUGUAUCGAUCCACAAUGGACUAGGACAAGAAUAUUCCAUGCCCCCAGCCGAAUUGGAGUGGAUGACAAUGCAAAGACUGUCAAUAACCUACAGAACUUGAGACAAACACAUUCAGUUUUAAGCCAUGGAACGCCUUGAUUGGCCCAGUGAGUGGCCAAACCCUCGUCACACCUACAACUUGUUUAUUCAUCAAAACCCAGCCCUUUCACGCCACCGCCAGCUAUUGUGCUGUGGGUAAUAGUUAAAAUAUUUUGGACACGCCCAUGGAUCUAUAGCACUAACGCCAGCGCUUAGAUUUACCGUUGCGUUAGGUUUGUUAAAAAGAGCCCCUGUUGAUACUGUCCCCACUACAACAACAACAAAUACUUUAAAUACAUGUCAUUUUGUCCUAGAAACAUUUAAUUGGCUGAGGAGUGCCAAUAAUGGCCGACCCGGUGGCUUCAAAGCCUCUCAUUGGCCAAUACGUGGCAUCAUCAAUCCAGGUUUUAUAUACAUUUAUAUACAACUCGUUUCUGUUUUCAGGGUUAUUUGUCUUCUCUGAACAUGAAAGCCUUCUCUUACAUCAACCUGGAUGGAGUUGUAACAGGCAUGUAUGGUGUAUUAGAUUUCUGUACACAGAAUGCAUUGUGUUUUGGUUUGUGGCAAUGACAGUUUACAGUUGCAAAGGUCAUGCAUGACAAACUAUAGUAAUAAGGUGAAAUAGUUUCCUCUUGAAUUGUAAUAUUUCCCCCUCCCCAGGUUUCCCAACAUUCAAAGCCUCGGCCAGCCCUUUGAUGUACACACUCAUCCAGCGCACGCUAAAGGAGGUGAGAUUACGUAGCAGCGGAUUAUCUCAUUUGGCCUGACAGGAUUUCUCUUAUGUUUCAUUAUGAAACAGUGUCCUUGAGAUGUUUUGAAACUGUGCUGUUCUUCUCCUCAGGUGAACACUCUCAGUGACUCCAGUACACUCUACGCUUCAGUCCCCGGGGCCAACUGGGAGGAAGCUGUGUAAGUGGGACUUGGUGUUAUUUUGGAAGAUCGUAACAGUGUGGCUCGAUGGGCCAAGUCAAUUAUUUAUUCUAGUGCAGCUCCCAACACAAAGUUGAAUUGCUUAUAGAAUGAGGGGAAAUUUCACCACCAUCUUUGUAUGAUUGUGUAGUCAUGUUGUCUUUAUUUGGUGUUUUUCAGCCUGGAGCCUCUGAGGCUAAAUGAUCCCGCCUAUCCCUUUGUCACCUUCUCCGGCAUCCCAUCCGUCUCAUUCCGCUUCUCCAAAGCGGUCAGUUUGGUCUCAGCAGUACAACACCAUACACAUAGAAAUAGUAAUUUUAGAACCCCUAUACUCAACUGGCAGACCGCGGUCUGGAUCUGGACCCACAACAUGGUCAAUACGGGCCGGGGGUCCUGAUUUAUUUUAUUUUUUGGGGGGGGGGGAACUCGGUUGGGCUUCGACCCCUGGUAUCAUAUAAACAUACACAAGACAUGGACAAAUGUGUAGAAUUGCAGGAAAUUAGCUUUAAAACGGCAACAUUUUCUCUCCAACAACAGGGGUGUAAACAGUUUGCAUGGGUUGUGAGGUGGGGGUUUGUAACUACUCCGAUCAAUGACAGUAUCCAGCCGGACCUUUGCCACCUAGGGAAUUUGUGUAACCGGACCUUCUCAAAUAGUACUUGAGUAUCCCUGCUAUAGAAGGUCCUCCUCAGGACUGGAGAAUCAGGUCCUGUCAGGGAAACUUUCCAUAUCUCUGCUCCAAGAUGGCGCCGGAACCACAAAAAUUAGGUCCUUGAUCCCAUUCCUGUCAGAUUCCACUGUUCGAUCGGGCUUGGCAUUGAAAUGAUCUAAAAUGUCUGGUGUAAUAUGACCGGUAACUCUAUUUCUAUGACAACACAAUAUAUCCCAACAAAUGUUAUUGCUACCUGUUGUUAUUUUCCACAUAUUGAGGAAUGCCAGUCAUUGUUUAGCAUUCGAUUUCUACCUGUAAUUGUUGACGUUCUUUACCCUUAACCUUACCCACCAUGUGUCUCAGGGUGAGGAAUACCCAUACUUUGGGACACUGCAGGAUACACGCGAGAAGCUGUAUGGCGCCACAUCCAACCAGGCGGCCAAGCUGGCGGUGUCUGCAGGGGAGUUCGCCGGGAAAAUGGCCCUGCGGCUGGUCCACGACCACCUGCUGCGCCUGGACGUGGAGCAGUACAUCCGCCAGAUCCGCACCCACGUGUACACCAUUAACCGCAAGGUCAAAAACGUGCGGAGUGUAAGUUUACAUUUACGUAAUUUAGCAGACGCUCUUAUCCAGAGCGACUUACAAAUUGGUGCAUUCACCUUAUAGCCAGUGGGAUAACCACUUUACAAUAUGUUAUUUAAUUUUUUUUGGGUGGGGUAAGGUGGGGUAGAAGGAUUACUUUAUCCUAUCCCAGGUAUUCCUUAAAGAGGUGGGGUUUCAAGUGUCUCCGGAAGGUGGUGAGUGACUCAGCUGUCCUGGCGUCGUGAGGGAGCUUGUUCCACCAUUGGGGUGCCAGAGCAGCGAACAGUUUUGACUGGGCUGAGCGGGAACUGUGCUUCCGCAGAGGUAGGGGGGCCAGCAGGCCAGAGUUGGAUGAACGCAAUGCCCUUGUUUGGGUGUAGGGACUGAUCAGAGCCUGAAGGUACGGAGGUGCCGUUCCCCUCGCAGCUCCGUAGGCAAGCACCAUGGUCUUCUAGCAGAUGCGAGCUUCAACUGGAAGCCAGUGGAGUGUGCGGAGGAGCGGGGUGACGUGAGAGAACUUGGGAAGGUUGAACACCAGACGGGUUGCGGCAUUCUGGAUGAGUUGUAGGGGUUUAAUGGCACAGGCAGGGAGCCCAGCCAACAGCGAGUUGCAGUAAUCCAGACGGGAGAUGACAAGUGCCUGGAUUAGGACCUGUGCCGCUUCCUGUGUAAGGCAGGGUCGUACUCUCCGAAUGUUGUAGAGCAUGAACCUACAGGAUCGGGUCACCGCCUUGAUGUUAGCGGAGAACGACAGGGUGUUGUCCAGGGUCACGCCAAGGCUCUUCGCACUCUGGGAGGAGGACACAACGGAGUUGUCAACCGUGAUGGCGAGAUCAUGGAACGGGCAGUCCUUCCCCGGGAGGAAGAGCAGCUCCGUCUUGCCGAGGUUCAGCUUGAGGUGGUGAUCCGUCAUCCACACUGAUAUGUCUGCCAGACAUGCAGAGAUGCGAUUCGCCACCUGGUUAUCAGAAGGGGGAAAGGAGAAGAUUAGUUGUGUGUCGUCUGCGUAGCAAUGAUAGGAGAGGCCAUGUGAGGAUAUGACAGAGCCAAGUGACUUGGUGUAUAGCGAGAAUAGGAGAGGGCCUAGAACUGAGCCCUGGGGGACACCAGUGGUGAGAGCACGUGGUGCGGAGACAGAUUCUCGCCACGCCACUUGGUAGGAGCGACCGGUCAGGUAGGACGCAAUCCAAGAGUGAGCCGCGCCGGAGAUGCCCAGCUCGGAGAGGGUGGAGAGGAGGAUCUGAUGGUUCACAGUAUCAAAGGCAGCAGACAGGUCUAGAAGGACAAGAGCAGAGGAGAGAGGGUUAGCUUUAGCAGUGCGGAGAGCCUCCGUGACACAGAGAAGAGCAGUCUCAGUUGAAUGACCAGUCUUGAAACCUGACUGGUUUGGAUCAAGAAGGUCAUUCUGAGAGAGAUAGCAAGAGAGUUGGCUGAAGACGGCACGCUCAAGAGUUUGAGAGAAAAGAAAGAAGGCAUACUGGUCUUUAGUUGUUGACAUCAGAGGGAUCGAGUGUUGGUUUUUUGAGAAGGGGUGCAAAUCUCGCUCUCUUGAAGACGGAAGGGACAUAGCCAGCGGUCAAGGAUGAGUUGAUGAGCGAGGUGAGGUAAGGGAGAAGGUCACCGGAGAUGGUCUGUAGAAGAGAGGAGGGGAUAGGGUCAAGCGGGCAGGUUGUUGGGCGGCCGGCCGUCACAAGUCGCAAGAUUUUAUCUGGAGAGAGAGGGGAGAAAGAAGUCAAAGCAUAGGGUAGGGCAAUGUGAGCAGGACCAGCAGUGUCAUUUGACUUAACAAACGAGGAUCGGAUGUCGUCAACCUUCUUUUCAAAAUGGUUGACGAAGUCAUCCACAGAGAGGGAGGAGAGGGGGGAGGGGGAGGAGGAUUCAGCAGGGAGGAGAAGGUGGCAAAGAGCUUCCUAGGGUUAGAGGCAGAUGCUUGGAAUUUAGUGGUAGAAAGUGGCUUUAGCAGCAGAAACAGAUGAAGAAAAUGUAGAGAGGAGGGAGUGAAAAGAUGCCAGGUCCGCAGGGAGUCUAGUUUUCCUCCAUUUCCGCUCGGCUGUCCGGAGCCCUGUUCUGUGAGCUCGCAAUGAGUCAUCAAGCCACGGAGCAGGAGGGGAGGACCGAGCCGGCCGGGAGGAUAGGGGACAUAGAGAGUCAAAGGAUGCAGAAAGGGAGGAGAGGAGGGUUGAGGAGGUAGAAUCAGGAGAUUGGAGGGAGAAGGAUUGAGUGGAGGGAAGAGAUGAUAGGAUGGAAGAGGAGAGAGUAGCGGGAGAGAGAGGGCGACGGUUGCGACGGCGCAUUACCAUCUGAGUAGGGGCAGAGUGAGUAGUGUUGGAGGAGAGCGAGAGAGAAAAGGAUACAAAGUAGUGGUCGGAGACAUGGAGGGGAGUUGCAGUGAGAUUAGUAGCUCAAGCGUAUUGCCUGCCUUGUGAGUAGGGGGGGACGGUGAGAGGGUGAGGUCAAAAGAGGAGAGGAGUGGAAAGAAGGCGGCAGAGAGAAUUGAGUCAAAGGUAGACGUAGGGAGGUUGAAGUCACCCAGAACUGUGAGGGGUGAGCCAUCCUCAGGAAAGGAACUUAUCAAGGCGUCAAACUCAUUGAUGAACUCUCCAAGGGAACCUGGAGGGCGAUAAAUGACAAGGAUGUUAAGCUUGAAUGGGCUAGUGACUGUGACAGCAUGGAAUUCAAAUGAGGAGAUAGACAGAUGGGUCAGGGGAAAAAGAGAGAAUGUCCACUUGGGAGAGAUGAGGAUUCCUGUGCCACCACCCGCUGACCAGAUGCUCUCGGGGUAUGCAAGAACACAUGGUCAGACGAGGAGAGAGCAGUGUUUUCAGUGGUAAUCCAUGUUUCCGUCAGCGCCAAGAAGUCGAGGGACUAGAGGGUAGCAUAGGCUGAGAUUAACUCUGCCUUGUUGGCAGCAGAACGGCAGUUCCAGAGGCUGCCUGAGACCUGGAAGGCUGCCUGAGACCUGGAACUCCACGUGGGUGGUGCGUGCAGGGACCACCAGGUUAGAGAGGCAGCAGCCACGCGGUGUGAGGCGUUUGUAUGGCAGAGAGGAGAGAACAGGGAUAGACAGAGGCAUAGUUGACAGGCUACAGAAAAUGGCUACAAUAAUGCAAAGGAGAUCGGAAUGAAAUGAACUAAACAUCUGGGAAAGGAGAGAGCGGGGCCUCCCUCACUUACGUUUCACUGAAACACCCAAAUAUAACUCUCCCAACUUCCACCUCAGAAACUAUAAUUGUUGUAAACUACAGCGGUUCAAUGUUUUCUAGGAAUAGACUAACUUAGUUUAUUCAGCUAGCUAACUUGGUACAGUAUUCUUCCGUGAAAAUCGUCCAGGGCACCUAGUCAUAUGACGCCACAGCCAACUAGCAUGCCGGACUCCAACAACACGGUUUAGCACCAAUACUCGGCCACAACAAACCACCAGUGUGUCAACACGCCAAGCAGAUCAUUCGUGUCCGUGUCUAACGUUGUGGGUUAGUCCCGACAGCUUGAGCGAGUCCGUCAUCAACUUAUUCAGCCAGUUAGUUAGCUAGAAUAGUUAGCAUACUAGCUAGCCUUUGCUUUCAGACAAAGAAGAAACCCGUCCUCCCACGGCACGAACACACAGAGAGAGCCAAGCUAACGUUAACUAGUCACCCAUGUCCCGAAUUCCCUUGAACGACUCUGGCUACCAGUAUGUCAAAACAAAACACAAAUGUAGGUUUUACUUACCCCUAGCAGCUACUGUUAGCUAGCCAAGUGCAAAGCUAGCCACUGAAUUGACUCAGCCAGUUCGCUAGGUCGUUCCAGCUAUUGUUUACUAGUAGCUAUCCAGGUAGCAACAAGCUAGCUAAAUUUCAAGCACAGUAGCCACUUACUACCUAACGUUAACGCUUCAGACAAUGAGGUUAGAAAAACAGCUGAAUGGUAGGCAUUAUUGUAUGUAAUUAUUGUAGGCAGCUAGCUGGCGUAAUUACAGGUACUCUCAGGCGUGAAACAACUAUCCACAGUUGCUAAUAGUUACCAGUAGCUACCCGCCAGCUAGUCCAGGUAGUGGGUUAGCUAGCUUCGUGCUUCACCGGGCUCAGCCGAAUACAAUACUAACCUACAACAACCCACGAUAACUACCUACAAUACCUAACUACAAUCUAAAUACAUAGUUUAAGCUUUACUCGACAAAGCCCAAACUAUGUAUAUAAGCCAAGCUUACCUCCCGCCAGAGAGAGACACAACCUCACCCGACGACGACGAAAACACACGUCAGACCUACAGUGCAUUCGGAGAGUAUAAGUCUAGUCCUAUCUGCUUAAUUUCAGCGCAGAGCGGCUCGGCAAGCGGGAAAGGACAUGUUCACUGUCUGGUAACGUGAACUUGGUGGAAUGGGAUAAGACACUGUAGAUUUAGAAUGACAGAAAAUUAUAUAAUUUGAUGUUUAGUCUACCUGUCGUCUUGUUUUCCUGUCCAUGUCUACCGGUCUAUGAUUUUGUUUUGUUUUCUGCAUUGUUUAUUCUGUCUCUCAAAUUGACCUCCGUUUGACCCGGUGCUUGUUUUGUCUAUGUUCUCAUUUCUCCUUUGAUCUUAACUUGUUGUUGUCGUCUCCAGAUGCAGCCCCAGCUGUUGCCUAAGUCGCUGACUGUCCAGUGGCUGAUGUCUGCGUCGGGCUCCUACAGCCGAGCCGCCAGCAGCCUGACCACUGACAUCGACAACAGCGACCUGGAGGACGUGGAGAUGUGCCGCAUCAUCAACGACCGCAUCAUGAGUGUGCGUGUCUGUCCUCUCAAGCGUUAUCUGGUCCUUUUGAGAUGAUAUUUUGUUGGAAUUGGACCAUGUACAGCAGGGUUAGGGUUACAGUGCCUUCAGAAAGUGUUCACACCCCUUUACUUUUUACACAGUUUGUUACAAAGUUGGAUUAAAAUGGAUUUGUCCUUUUUUUAAAGUGGAAGAAAAAUUAAUAUUUUGUAAAGUAAAAUCAAAUAAUAUAUAUAUAUAUAUAUAUAUAUAUAUAUAUAUAUAUAUAUAUAUAUAUAUAUAUAUAUAUAUAUAUAUAUAUAUAUUAAUUAUAAUAUAUAUGAUUAAGUAUUUUGGCUGCAGGCCAAAAGUAUGAACUUCAAGUAUUUUGAAAAAUGAUGACACCAAUAGGGAGAUGACCCACUAAUUUGGAGAAUUUCCAAGAUCCUACAUUAGCCUGUUUUUUGAAGUUCCUCCACACAUGGUUCAUCGUGUAACCUUGGGUGGAGGACGAUACUGACACAUUUAAUCACGUCUGUUUUAUUUACCUUACUUCAUCUUCCUCCUGUAGGUGGAGAGGGACUUCCUGUCCCCAUACGUGUCUCCCAGAGAGACCCCAUUCCGCCACAUCCUGGUAGGCUCGGGCUCCCACACCCUGAAGGCUCUGUCGGACCACCUGGACGCCCUGCAGAUCGACCACUCCGACGCCAACGCUGAUCUGUUCCGGAAUCAGUUUGCUUUGGCAACCUGGACCAUCCAGGGCUGCGCCAACUCACUGGCAGGGGACAUCUGGUCCUUAGAUAACGAGAUCUAA